CGAACUCCCAUGAUGCACUUUGACAGGGCUGGUCCAGAUGAGCCAAGAUGGCGGACGCAGACGAGCAGCUCACUGAUGAAGAGAGGGUCCGCAUUGCUGCCAGUUUUGUCAUUCAUGCACCACCUGGAGAAUUCAAUGAAGUGUUUAAUGAUGUCCGUCUACUGCUCAACAAUGACAGUCUGCUCAGGGAAGAGGCGGCUCAUGCCUUCGCCCAGUAUAACAUGGAUCAGUUUACACCAAGCAAAAUUAAGGAAGAUCAGGUGUUGAUCACGGAGCAUGGAGACCUGGGAAACGGGCGGUUCUUUGACCCGCGAAACAAGGUGUCGUUUAAGUUUGACCACUUGAAGAAAGAGGCCAGUGACCUGCAACCGUACACAGGUGAAACAGCUCUGGAACCGUGGAGGGAGGCGUGUGACUCUGCACUCAGAGCCUACAUAAAAGAUCACUACCCUAGUGGAGUGUGCACUGUUUAUGGAAAAACCAUUGAUGGUCACCAAACAAUCAUUGCCUGCAUUGAAGGACAUCAGUUUCAACCAAAAAACUUCUGGAACGGUCGCUGUCGGUCCGAGUGGAAGUUUAUUGUGUCUCAGGGUGCGACUCAGGUGGUGGGCGUGCUUAAGGUCCAAGUACAUUAUUAUGAAGAUGGCAAUGUGCAGCUGGUCAGCCACAAAGACAUUCAAGAAUCUCUCACCAUUUCUAAUCCGAAGCAGACCGCUGAGGAGUUUGUUAAAGUAAUUAACAAUGCAGAGACUGAAUACCAGACGGCAAUCAACGAGAACUACCAGAACAUGUCAGACACCACCUUCAAAGCCUUACGCCGACCACUUCCCGUCACCCGAACCAAGAUUGACUGGAACAAGAUCCUCAGCUAUAAGAUCGGUAAAGAGAUGCAGAACGCUUAGAGCUUAGUCGCCAUGCCUCCAGCUCUGCUCACAGCACAAGCCAAGAAGAAAUGACCUGCAGGGGGCUUGAGCUCGGGGCCAGGGCCAGGCUUGAGCACACAGGCACUUAGGACAUGUGCAAAAAAUUGUCCUUGUUUCAUUUUCCUUUUGUUUUGUAUUCUAAUAGCCAAGGUUUAACCUCAGCUAAAGGGACUGCCUCCUUUUCCCUAAUGUCAGAAUGCUGUGAGAUUGUUCUGUUGGGUCUGGCGAUGGUCCUCGCAGUUGAACCAAUACCUCCUGCAACACCAAUGCACAGGGUCCGAAAUGAUUUACAAUUAAUUAUUCACAGUUUAUCCCCCACGCUUUUAAAUGAAACGCAAUACAAUAUAGUCUGGGUUUCUGACCAAAUGUUUAGUCUGAAUUAAUGAAAACUUUGGAAUGGAGUUUAAUUUUGUGUAAUUUCUUUCAAGAUGUUUGAUUUUAAUGAAAGAGUUCAAAAGGAAUUUUAAGUAUUUUUUGUACAAUUUUUUUUUUUAUUUCGAGCAGAUGGAAACAAAGACAGAAAAGGUUCUUGUAUGCAGAAGGUGUAGGAUGAUUACUGCUUAGGUUAGACUUUGAAUAAACUUUACACACCUUAAAUACCAUUCACAUGAUUUGGAUUUUAAAAAUAGAUUAAACAUCAGCUUUCGAGACCUCUAUCAGCAGUCUAUAUAACUCCUUUUUUCUCUAUAUCUUUGGUUAUAUCCAUGUUACUGUCCUUAUUUACAUUUUUUUUUUUUUUUUUACGUUUCUGCGUCUAGCUUGAACUAAUGUGCAUUCCAAACAAAAAUCAUUUAAAGUUAUAUGGUUGAGUAUAUGUUUUGAUUUUGGCAGUCUUGCGCCUGUCCCUAAUAUUAACCCAGGCCUGAAAACUUGUCAGUAAAUGCGUGAUAGAUACACGUGCACACGGUUAAAACCCCACAAACAAACAAAAAAUCACUGUUUGUGGAAUAUAUUAUGUAUUACAUCCUCUGGAGAUCACCCGAUGUGGGAUGUGGUGUUCUUUAUCACUUGGAAAACCUUAAAAUUAGUUUCUGUUCUAGUCUCGGUUUGCAUUUGAUGCCUGUUUUGUGCCAGUGUGUUUAUUCUGCACAAUAAUUUCUUACCUGAAAGCAGUGUUUAUCAGAGGUACUUCUUUGGUGUACUGUCAAUUGAUCAUCAGUUUUAAAAAAAAAAAAGAAAGGAAAGGAAAGAAAGAAAUCACUGUAUAUUUGUGGUCCACAGUUUCAGUGUACAAAUGGAGCUUCUAAUGCCUCUGCCUCGGAUUGGAAAUGGUUGCAAUAUCGCCCUCUGCUGUCUUCAACUGGUAGCAUUAUUGUAUGCAGUUGCACAGUUUAGCCUCAUUUUCUGCUUCCUUCUACUACCCUACCCUACUGCUAUUUUUUACAAAGUGUAUGAACAAAUAGGAUCCCGAGGAAAUAAAGUAUUUGCACCAACUUG